AUGGCAGGGCGAUGCAGGCGUGUGGGGCCGUGUGGGCAACGGAGGCGGCCUCUUGUGGAAAUUCUGCACACCGCCACGUGGUCCUGGGGUCGAAGGGUGGAGAGACUUCUGGCUCCCAUCCCAUCCGUUCCCCAUUCCGGUGCCAGGAUUUCCUCCAUCCUCCACACCCCCCAACUCUGCUGUGCAGCCCAAACUUCCGGGCCGGGCCGCAAAAACGAGCUCCCAGACGGGCUCCGCCGCCGCUCGCCUUCCGGCCACUCCGGCGCCAUGCUGCGCUGCCAGCCGCUUGCUGUGCGCCAGCCCGGCGCCGCCUGCCGCCUGGGUCCUGCCAGCCCCACAUGCAGCCGCGUCCUGCGCCGCCUGCCAGGCGGCCGCGCCGCCGUGCGGUGCGCCGCUGCGCCCGAGGGCGGCGCCACGGGCGGCUCCCAGCCGCCCUCCAGCCGCCGCCUGAGCAGCCUUGAGAAGGCGGCUGAGCAGGAGCGGCUGCAGCGCGCGAUGCUGGGCCAACAGGCGCCGUUUACAGCCGACAGGGCCAGCGCCGGCGCACCGCACGCCGCGGCGCACCACUCCUCGCUCGCGCCGGGCGCCAGCGCGCCGCAGGCGGAGCCGGAGCCGGGGAGCUGGGAGGACUGGAUGCGCUACUUCUAUGCAAUGGACGACGUGGUGCACGACCUCGAGUCGCUCCACACCGAGCUGGCGGAGGCGGUGGAGGCGGAGGAUUACCGCGCCGCGGCGGCGCUGGCCGCGCAGCGCCGCCAGCUGGAGGCCUGCGACUGCGUGGGCGAGGCGCUGGGCGCGCUGGAGGCGGCGGUGGCGGAGGAGCGGUUUGGGGACGCGGCGCGGCUGCGGGACGAGUGCUGCGUGGGCCUGCUAGGGUGGUGGGUGGGGCGCGGCGACGGCGACCCCACCGGCCACCUGCUGCGCAUGACGACCGACUUUGGGCGGUAUGUCGCCACGGCCUACACCCCGCGCGACGUCACAGACCUGCUGCCGGCGCUGCAAAACACGCCGCUGGGCGACGCGCGGCUGGCUGCCGCCGCGGCCGCGCUGCUGGAUGCCUCGUCUGCUGAGGCGCAGCAGGAGGCGGCCGCCCCACUGAGGCCUGACGACCUGGGCCUGCCUGUGCUGGAGCUCUUCCUGCGCCGCGGCGUGGAUGGCCGAGGCUACGAUCAGCAGGCUGUGGCGCUGUACGCUCCCGACGCCGCCCUCAUGGCGGAGCAGCAGCAGGAGGUGGCUGAUGCGGAGGCGGUGGCCUCCACCCUGGUGGACCUCAUCAGCACAGACGCCGGCGGCGACUCGAUUGUGUCUGUAGAGAAGGGCCGCAACGAUGACGGCAGCAGCUUUGUGAAGAUUGAGAUUGCCAGCCGGGGCGAGGACGGCGACGACGAGGGCGGGCUGCCGCCGGGCGGGGAGGUGGCAAGGGCGGAGGGUGAGGAUGAGGAUGAUCUCGACAUUAGGACCAUUGACGACCUCGCGGCCAGCGUGGGCAUGACCGCGGCAGACCUGGGGAUGCACCUGGCCGGCGGCAGCAGCCGCGCGGGCGCCGACGACGCGGAAGCAGCGUCCGCGGCCGGCGCGGGCGGGGAGGAGGAGGAGGUGCGGCAGCUGCAGCGCUGGCAGCAGCAGGCGGCGGAGGCGGCGGGGGGCGAGGCGGGGGCGCCGGGGCGCAGGCGCAGCCUGCGGGACGAGGUGGCGGCGAUGACCGAGGCGCUGCUGCAGGGCGGGGAUGGCGGCUUCUCAGACUCCGAAGCGGAGGACGCGCAGCAGCAGGCGCAGCAGCGGUGGGGCGGCGAGGAGGGCGAGGAGGGGGCUGUGUCGCUGGAGCGCUCCGCCAGCCAGCUGGGCUGCAUACUGCAGCGGGCGCCCGCCCAGAUUGAGUGGCAGGGGCGCGACCGCUUUGUCGUGACUGUGAGCGAGCCGCCGGCGGUGGCGCGGGCGCGAGAGGCUGCCGAGACCGAGCAGGCCGCGACGCAGCAGCAGCAGCAGCGGAAGGAGGAGGAGGUGCAGCUCAAGCGGCCCCCGCUGCGCAUCAUUUACGACGGCAAGGAGCAGCAAGGGCUGGGCCCGAACGGCGGCGCGGCACCGCCCCAGGCCGGCAGCAGCAGCAGCAGCAGUGCCAGCGGCAGCCGGCGGCAGCCAGACGGCAGCUACGACGUCCCCAUUACGGCCGAGGAAAGCGACAGCGAGGACAUCAGCGUGCUGUUCUCCCAGCAGCAGCAGCAGCAGCAGCAGCAGCAGGACGGACUGCAGCCGCCGCACCCCUCCCAGCAGCAGCAGCAGCAGCAGCACUCUGUGGCAGAGGACAGCGCGGCGCUAGCAGAGGAGAUUGAGGCGGUGCGGGGCGAGCUGGAGGCCGGGCGCAAGCCCUCCAAGGACAGGAUCAACGACAUUGCGCGGCGCGCCCUGGGGCUGGCGAUUGCGCAGGGUGUCGGCGCGGCAGACGCCUCGGGCAACUCGCUGGCGGGGCGCUGGGCGGCGCUGGAGGGGCGCACAACCUACGAGCGCCUGCCGCUGGGCAGCUGCGUCAAGACCGACCCCUUCUCAGGCCUGUAUGUUGGCACCUUUGGGCCCCACGGCCCCGAGCUGCUGCAGGUGUCGCGGCAGGUGGAGGGCGGGCGGGAGUGGGCUGUGGCCACCAAGCUGACGGGGGAUCCCAACGUGCCCGCCGGCACCGUCAGCUGGAAGGCGCUGAUUGGGCGCGGCAACCGGCUGCCAGCGGAGAUGUACCCUCCCGAGAUGGCGGUGACCGCGCGCUACAAGGGGCAGGGGCAGGUGGCGCAGACGGGCUUCACCAACGCCAAGUGGGUGGAGGGCGAGCUGCUGGUGUUUGGCGCAGACUCACCCUUUGUGCGCGGAGCGCAGCUGGGGUACCUCAUUGUGCUGCACCGCGUCGACCUGGAGGAGCUCUUCCCUGAGGAGGGCAACUAG